AUGGCUGGGCGAGAGUUGCUUAUGGAGUAUUCAUCAGUCGAGAGAAAAUGCGUCCAGGAGGUUUGGUCUUUCGAGCAAGGAGCCUGCAAUGAGUCAGAGGCAUCCACUUCUCUUUUGGAAAUUCGGAGUCAACUUCGGGAGAUGAAACUUGCUCAACAAGAAUUGCGCGUCUCCUUACGGAGCGUGUUUAUCGAAAGAGAGAAGGCGUACAGCAAAGUCUUGCAGAAAGUUUGCACUGAGCAAAAGCAACUGGCUAAAGAGGUCGAGAAAGGCACACGUGAUUAUCAACGACUCUUGCAUGAUAAUAGCGCCAACGAUGCUUUGUUGGGGGAGGAGCGGCAGAACUGGCAAUUGAGGCGACAAGAGCUUGAAGACGAAGAAAGACUUGGUCACAGGACGAGAGAAAGUGCCCAGGAAGAGCGUCGUCGGAUUGAGGAGGAGGAAAACGAUUUCCACGAAUCACUUCAACAGCUCAGUCUGGAAAAUGAAGCGCAAUGCGUCGAGACUCAACAGAUGGUGGAGAAACUACGCAAACGCGACGUGAUGAAACGAAACUUACUACCGCUUCUAGGAGUCCUUGGGGGAACUGGGCUUGCCAUUGCCGGUACGGUAACGGGACUGGCUCCGCUCGCUGGAGCAGGAAUAGGCGUGGGUUUUGCAUAUGCUUCUAAACUAGAGUUCUCUCGGAAGACGGAAGAUCAUACGAGCAGCAAGUUCUCUCUGUGGGAGGGAGUUCUGGGAGGAGGCCAAGGGGCCGCCGGGGCAAGUCUAGACUAG